GCGCACUGACACGACUCCCUCGGCCCUGCUCCGCUGCCCGUUUUCCUCCGAAAUCAACAAGCGACGAAGACUAUAGCUAGUGUCCGCGAGCUCCCCGGGGACCGGGGGCCAACACGGUGCUGGUCCGAGCGGCUCUCUGCAGACCGGAGAGCUGUUUUUUUGUUUCUUGUCUUUAUUUUAUUUUUUCUCUCGCUCGACGCGCAGCGGGGGUCGUGUAGUCGGCGGACGCAGCGGAUCUCCGUCGGGAUGGAGGCACCGAGUGAGCGGAUUUCGCCGUGAAGGCUCGCGCUAAUUUGGUGGUCCUGAGCAGCAGGUGUACGGAAGGAUAAAGCGGACCAGCGGCUAUCUCUGUGUUCAUGAAACUUUGCUACGAUUUACGUGCUGGGGUUGCCGUCCGCCAUGUUAAGGUAAAGCCCAGGUCCGCGGUGGUGACCAUGCUCAAGCGACUGGACAAGAUCCGCUUCCGAGGCCCGAGGACGAGGGACGACUUCCCGGACCUGAACGAGUCGCCGCCCGCCUCCGACAACGAAUGUAGUGACGACGUGCAGCCGAAGCCCAGAGCAGCGCCGCGAGACCCAGAGGAAAGCCCGCGAGACCCUGCAGGUUCGGGGUCUCCCACCAUGGCAGUGGCCAUCCAGGACUUCCAGAGGUCGGAGUCAGACCGACUCAAUGAAGUCAAAGGUCACCUGGAAAUUGCCUUAUUGGAGAAACAUUUCCUACAGGAGGAGCUGAGGAAGCUGCGGGAAGAGACCAAUGUGGACUCUCUGCGGCAGGAGCUGGACAGAGAGCGAAGCAAGAGGAUGGACCUGGAGCAGAAGAUGAACGAUGUUCUCAAAACCAGGCUGGAGGACUCUCCGCCUCUGCCUCCCCGCAAACAGCAGUCCCCGUCAAACAAUGGGACAGCAGAAAAACGGCAGAAGGAGGUCUGGAGCUCGCGCCUUCAGAAAUGGGUGUACGAGCGCUUUGGGGUUUACAUCGAGGACUUCCGCUUCCAGCCAGAGGAAAGCACCGUGGAGGCCGAGGAACCGCUCAGUGCUAAAAGGUUAACAGAAAAUAUGAGGCGACUCAAGCGAGGAGCCAGACCUGUCACCAACUUCUUAAGGAACCUCUCCGCCUUAUCUAAUUGGCACUCCGUCUACACCUCAGCUAUUGCCUUCAUUAUCUACAUGAAUGCUGCUUGGCAUGGCUGGGCCAUUCCCAUGUUACUCUUCCUGGCUAUCCUGCGCUUGUCCUUAAAUUACCUCAUCGCCAGAGGUUGGAGGAUCCAGUGGAGCAUUGUGCCUGAGGUCUCUGAACCCUCGGAGCCUCCAAAGGAAGACCUGACCGUAUCGGAGAAGUUCCAACUUGUACUUGACGUUGCACAGAAAGCACAGAACCUUUUUGGAAAAAUGGCAGAUGUUUUGGAGAAGAUAAAGAACUUGUUUAUGUGGGUGCAGCCGGAGAGCACCCGGAAACUUUACAUCUGCCUGUGGAUGGCUUUCAUCACCUCCUGUGUCCUGCCGUACAAGCUAAUGGGCUUCAUGAUGGGCCUGUACGCCGGCAUCAAGUUCUUCAUCAUAGAUUUCCUGUUCAAGAGCUGUCCGAAGCUGCGGGAUAAGUACGACACGCCCUUCAUCGUGUGGAACAGCCUUCCUACUGAUCCUCAGCUCAAGGAGAGGACCAACGCCACUGUGUCUCGGCGGCUGUCUGGCACUGAGAAGGUUCAGCCGGUGGUUUCUAGGAGCAACCUCGCCACCAUCCCCUGCGGGGUGAGCAGGGAGGAGGAGACGGGACGCUCCCACAGCACCAAGAAGGGUGCUUUUCAUGAGAUCUUCAACCUGCUGGAGUCAGAGCGCCCUCUGGCGGUGUGUGAAAACGGCUGGAGGUGUUGCCUCAUAAACAGAGACCGGAAGAUGCCCACAGACUACAUCAGGAACGGUGUCCUCUACGUCACAGAGAAUUACUUGUGCUUUGAGAGCUCCAGCUCCAGAUCGAGCUCCUCCAAGAAGAAUAAAGUUAUCAAGCUGGUGGACAUCACUGAUAUACAAAAGUACAAGGUGCUGUCAGUUCUACCAGGGAGUGGAAUGGGCAUCUCUAUAGCUACUCCAUCCACUCAGAAGCCGCUGGUGUUUGGUGCCAUGAUCCACAGAGAUGAGGCUUUCGAGGCCAUCUUCACCCAGUACAUGAAGAUCAUGACCACCACCAAACCACCAGCCAGCGCGGAGCUCUAGGCGGCCUUUAUCCCGGCAACAUACCUCCUACCCCUCCCCUGGGGCUGAAGUCUGGGGCAGAGAACCUCUUGAAACUGGAAGAUACCCACCACACUCCUCUUAUCUGCGAGAGCCUCAUUCUCCUCCUGUGAUUGACAUUGGCUUCCUCAUCGGGGGAGGGGGGCUAAACCCUCCUCGGAGGGGACAUCCUGGCGCGUUGGCUACAUGUAGUUGGGAUUUAGUCACAUCACACACUUUUUUUUUUGUGGGUGUUGGAUCAUUCGCGAAAUCCGCUAACUGUUCACGAGGAGGAGUGAGGAUCGGUGUAAUUUUUAUCAGCAGAGGGCUGGCGGGGGGCCGGGGGGCUGGUCUUCCUCUCCCACCUGACUGGCCAGCUGACUGCUUUCCUGACUCACUUGUUUCUGUGUGCGUGUGUGCGUGCGUGCGUGCGUGCGUGUGUGAGGGGAGGGGGCAGAAAUGAUGGUCUUAAAGUGCGCCGAGUGGCUCUGUUUGUUUCUCUGUCGGUUAGUCGAUGUAGGAACUACUGUGGUAAGAAGAUGUCAAGAAGUGCUCGACUUCUUGACAUCGUGCUCGGCCGUCAAAUGAAUAUUAUAAAACAAGUAGAAGAUAAAGAGGUUCUUCUAACUGCCAGAUAUCUCUAGGAACAAGUAUGUGAAUUUUCAAUAUAUAAAUCAGAACAGAAACCUUUAAUCGUUCAACUGGCUAAUCGACAGCUCGCGGCAUUGCCCCACAACAUUGUGUGUGGUUAGUUUUAUUUUAUUUUUAUAAAUACAUGUGUAUUAGCUGUGAAAACAUUCGACUGACAGAGCCUUUCUUAGUUUACAUUGCUACUGUGGGAUUUGUUUUCCCUUCUUGCUCGACACAAUUCAGCAGCAAACAGUGUGGUUUAGUCCUCUUAGUCGCCCCGACGGAAAAAUGUACGCCGAGUUCAGCAUCCGCUUCGCUGUCUGUAAGCGUGCGUAAAUGAAACGUGAUUUCUCUUUUCUUUCAAAAAUGCCUUUUUUAUUUUUGGGGGUAAAAAAAAACUUCCCUUUUUAACAAACCGCCUUUGGGACGAGUAACUUGGUCCCCGAGCUGCUGACGAGAGCACGACGACUGCGGCUCCUCACGUCCACGCUUCCCUUUGCAAGGCCCAAUCUGUACACACAGAGAGGCCUCUGCCUCUUAUUCCUCCAUCAAUGGUAUUUCUGCCCCUGCACCUUAGUGGAACGUUUAGCGCAAUUCCCGCCAUUUAAUAAUUGCAGUGAGCAGACUUUAUGGAUUCCAGCUAAAGUGGUAAAUAGUUAGUCAGUGUUUGCAAAUGGUCUAAAAGCUACCGCUCGUCUCCCGGCGUGCUAAUGCGGGUCAGAGCGCCUCGUAUUAAACCACAGGCUGAUCUGUCUUUAUUCAAGCUGACAAUAAAAGAAGAAGGUACUUGACGCUGGCAGGUGACUUGCCACAAAGGCCCCCCCCCCCGCACAUCCUCCUUACCUGGUAUUCCCGUAUUAGAAUCAUAAAUCUAAACCAUUUAUGUUAAACAUUCCUCUUCCUGAUUGGCUGAUCUGGCUCGUAUACAUGCACGGCUCAGGCUGUUUCACAUCACAUAAGCAGUAAUGUAAAUUCUGGAGUUAUUUGUUUAAGUCCCUUUUUUUUCCGACCAACUAGAAGACCAGGACAAUACUCGCUAUGAGGGCGUCACAUUACUUGAGUUUUUUUUUUCUUUUUCUUUUUCUUUACUAUUUUUUUCACUUAUCUGUAAAGCCACAGAGAGCAGAGAUUGACAUGCGGCUGCUCUCCCGCUUGUUAUGUAAGAGCUUGUAAACAUUAGAAUAUAAAAUGUAUAUGGAUACAAGUCUAGAUCGAACAGAAUAUUUCAACGUCACUUUCUCUUAAAGACACCGUUCACGAGUUUGAAGCCGGUCUUUGUUCUUGCCGAAUGGUUUGAUAGGUUAGAAAUAUGAUGCCAAACUACAUCAGACACGUCCGUGUGUUUUGGGUUAGGAAUGUAGGCGGGAUAUGGGACUGGGGGUCAUUUCUCUUCCGAUUAUAGUACGAGAGACAGUAGAUGUUCCUCCUUCCAAGCUUCUGUUCACCCAACGCCCAGCAGCGCAAGCUUUAGUUUCCAACCUGUAAACAAAACACUGUUAGAGGGGAGACCUUGACUUUUUUAUUUUGACCUUUUUAAGUCCGCUCAUUUUCACCCGCUGGGCACUUCUUUUUAUUUUUUUUUAUUUUAUAUUUAAGUAUCCUAGAUCACACUUUAAAAAAAAAAUAGAUUGUCUUUUAUCUGCACUUCAAAUGUCAAGGUUUCCCUUAAAGUCUAUACGAGUCCUCUUAUUAUAGUUAAGCGUUCAACUGAGCUGGAUAUGAAGUUGUCAGAGAGGCAACGGACCAGUUCAAAGAAACACUUUUAUUUUAGUGUGAUUUUGGGCAUCUCGUUAACGGGUUACCUUCCCACACAUGGAUUUCUCUAUUUUUUUUGGUUUAGAAAUAAAUUUGAUCUGUGAACGGGCCUCACCUGUGGGAUACUGGAGCAGGUGGAAUCAGUAAUUAACGCUGUGUCACUGUGUGAUUUGAUGGCUCAUUGUCAUCCUUAAAGCUUUUACCUAAAGCCUUUUGUAGUCUGUUCAGUCUGAGUUCAGUCUGAGUUCUCUGGGGGUCUUUGGAGACCCCAAAAAGGCUGCACUCAGAGCACAGAAUGUAUCACUUCUAAAUGUCUGAAAUUUAUAUAUUUUUUUCCUUUUUGCCAAAUCUUUAAUUUUCUGUCUGCCAUAUUCUGCCUACGCUCAUGUUUACAGAAGGUUGUAAAAAUUAUUUUGUUGUUUUUCUUUUCGUUUUUUUUCUUCUCUCUUCACCCAGUUUGAAUUCCCUUUCACUCCGGAGUUAUGAAGACUGGACUGCUGUCGUUGAAUUAAGGCCUCCGCUCUCAUUGGCGCCGCACCACUCGAAAAACUCUCUGCUCACCUUUGACCAAUAGCAACUUGAAUCAUGACAACAAAAAGCAGUAUUUUGAACCGCAUGUUGAUUUUCCUAUCCGACAUCUCAUUGCUUUUUUACACUAGUGGCUAUAAAACAUGUGUGAGAGUCACGGUGGUCACGGGGGACGGAAAUGGCAACAUCAGUGUUUUUGACGUGUACUUUGUCCAUUGUUAGAGAAAGGCAGGAAAAGAGAAAGUUCCGAUUUUUUUAAAUUUUUUUUAAUGAAAAUAAAAAAUUUGCACUUUGGAGAAAAGCGUGUGACGAGUGUUAAGAGAAUAGCGAGAUCUUUGGGGAAACUUGAUGAGAAGUUUGAUUCCAAUCUCCUUUCUGGAUGCUACAUAUGAAUCGAAUGCUAGCAGCCUGUUAGCCUAGCUUAGCUUAACCUCCUGGACUAACCCAUGCUAGCCAUUUCCAGUUGCUAUUGGCUUUAGCUAAUGUUAGAUAUUUACCGGAGUUGGAAGUUAUUCACUUUGCUCAUUUUGAGUCUAUGUUGUUCAGUUUUAAUAAGUUAUCAAUGUGCCCUCCGUUGAUUAAUUGCCCACUUUUUUAAUCUGAGCUAAUUAAGGGAUUGCAUCAUCCUCUAAAUACACUGUAACACAUCAAAUGGUGUUGCUACAGCUCUUGCUGUGAGUCCUUCCAACCCCUUAUGAUUGUAAAUUGAAACCAUUUAUAUUCAGAUAUCUUAAUACUAUUACUAGCUUUUUGUGUUAGUAAUCGCAAGAAACGCCCACGUUUCAACACAAAUUGUUAUACCUCAAUUUCAAGCCACUAAAAACCGACACAAUCAAUUAGAAAAAACUAAAAACUAUUAGAUUGUUCUUUAUUGAUUACCAUCCUCCGCUGGACAUCUAGGCAUUAUUACAUCCAGUUCAGUCUGGUUACUAUAGCAACCGGUUUCUUUCGGUUCAGUAGCAACCGGUUUCUUUCGGUUCAGUAAGAAGUUACACACAUACAUUUUCACAUGCUCCCAUGAUUGCUUUCCGCAGUAAGCUACUGAUUCAGUCCGUCCCAAGUACCAUUCAGUAUAAUCAGUAGGGUUGAAUGUUGUGAGCGGUGAGCUACACUGUGUACCUCGCUGCUAACAGGCCGCACUUUGCGUGUCAAAAGCAGUGGCGUUGUCCUCUAGUUUGCUGCUGUAUUAAAUAUGUAUUCCCGCUAACUGUUCCUGUGAAUGAAGGGUUUUCCAAAAGGCAUUCAAGCGCACAGCAGACUGUACCAGAGACGAGUGAGCUGUCUCAGCCUGUGAUCCUGACUGGAGACAAUUAGAAAAGUAAAUACAUGUUAGGAACCUCAAGGAUUGAGUCCUGUUUUAUGGACUCAGUCAGUGUCGUUACACUUGGUACAGUCAUUUAUUGCUCAUUUAAGUGUUCCGGGGGGGGGCACUGCUGUCAUUACGACGAUUAAUUUGUCAUCUGUGACAAUCGACUUCCUCAUUUAGUUCUCCUAUUAUUUUUGUCGGAGAGGAAUUUGUAUAUGGAUUAUUGAAAUGUACAGUGAAGAAAACAAAAACCACAGACAUGUCUAUUGUAAAGGAUAAUGUGAUGUACAUUUUUUUUAAUUUAAGUAAACAAAUUUAAGGUAUCUCUGUA